AUGGGAGACAAAGAUGCUGAGGCCAUUGCGGCCCAUAUCGAGAAGACGAUGAACAAUACCGAUGAUGCAGCCGAGCGAGGCCGCCUUAUCCAAGAGCAGGAGAGACAGCUGAGCAUUUGGGAGACGAUCAAGCUGCACCCACGAGCUGUCCUGGCCUGCAGCGUGGCAUUUGCUGCAGGUACAAUGUUCGGAUAUGACCAAAUCAGUAACGGAUCUACGAUUGCGAUGCCUUCAUUCCUUAUGUACUUUGGCAAUGUAGGACCCACUGGCUUAUAUCUCCCGUCAAUCUGGACUUCAUUGUGGACGUCAAUGACGUCUUUACUUCAAGCUAUUGGAGCUAUAUGCAUCGGUAUGAUAUCGGACAGAUUCGGACGAAAGUGGCCUGGGGUCAUCGCUGGGAUUGUAUCCAUUGCUGGAACAGCUGUUAUCUACAAUGCGAAGAGCAGAGGCGCUCUGCUUGCUGGAAAAAUGGUCUGCGGGUUGGCGCUUGGCGCUGGUAUGGCUAUUGGGACGAGUUAUGCGUCUGAGGUUGCACCGUUUAGACUUCGCAUCCCGAUCCAGACGACUCUUGUGCUCUUCAUUGUCUUCAUGCAGGGCGUCGCGCUGGGUGUCGUCAGGAUCUUUGUCCCUAAUAUGGAUGAGAAAGCUUUCCGCAACGUCUUUGCGAUUCAGUGGGCUGUUGGGGGCAUAUUCGCGAUUGCCUGUCUUUUAGCCCCAGAGUACGAUUUCCUUUCGCAUAAUGCUCUGUUCAGAUACUUACCUUUCAGGUCACCCAUUUUCCUAAUCAACACCGGUCGCGUGGACGAAGCAAAGAAAGUGAUACAAAAACUGUACAGCUCCAACUUUAGCAUCGACGAUAGAAUCGCCUACCUCGUCAAAACAAUUUCAGAGGAACAAGAACAAGAACGGAUCUCGGCGGGCUCUUAUCUCGACUGCUUCAAGGGGACAAACCUCAAGCGAACACUCACAGUGAUGUUCCUCUACAGCACAGCAAACCUGGGCGGUGCUGCAUUUCUCUCGCAGUCGAUCUAUUUCUUGCUUACGCUCGGUCUGCCCUCUGUGCACAUCUUUGAUAUAUCGAUUGGGGGCUUUGGACUGGCAAUCAUCAUUAUCGUAUUGACUGGAAUUAUCGGCAAAUUCGUUACAAGACGGAGGAUGCUCCUUGCUGGGUGCUUGAUAAACCUCGCAUUCCUUGUCGUUAUCGGCUGCCUAUACUAUGCGCCUGGUAUGGGACCCGCUUGGGCCAUUGCUGUCUUGAUGAACGUCCUCAUCUCAUUCCAAACCAGUCUGAUGCAAGCCGUCGGCUGGCCCAUCGCUGCAGAGAUCUCCAGCUAUAGACUCCGCGUCAAGUCCCUGUCGAUUGGCGUAUUCGCGCAAACCCUCUCCACAUGGAUUACAACCUUUACUGUUCCCUACAUGUACAAUGUUGACUCUGGGAACCUGGGAGCGCGCACUGCGUUUCCUUUUGCUGGAAUAACAGUUCUUCUAAUCGCGGGGGCAUAUCUGCUCGUACCGGAUACGACGGGUUUAUCUACCGAGGAGAUUGAUAGGUUGUAUGAGGAUAAGGUGCCUGUGAGGAAGUUUAGGAAGUAUGUGCCACAGGGAAGAGAGGAGAAAAUACUUGCCACCUAG